AUGCAUACUGCUUCUACAAACAUUUGUGAAAGAGUGGUUCGCUCUCAGGAACUCUGUGAAUUCAAGCAUGGUACCGUGAUAGGUUGCCACCUGUGCAAUAAGUCAAUCCGUGAAAUUUCCUUGCUACCAAAUAUCCCACGGUCAAUUGUUAGUGGUAUUAUAACAAAGUGGAAGCAACUGGGAAAAACAGCAACUCAGUCACAAAGUGAGUGGGGUCAGCACAUGCUGAAGAGCACAGUACGCAGAAGUCACCAACUGUCUGUAGAGUCAAUAGCUAAAGUUCAAGCUUUGUGUGGCCUUCAGAUUAGCACAACAAUGUGUAGAGAGCUUCAUGGAGUGGGUUUCCAUGGC